UCAGUUUCACUCAUUGUGUUAAAAAUUGCCAACUUUUGCAUAAUGGAAGUACAUAAGUGUAUGUCCUUUGUGAUUUUAGUCUUCUCGGUAGUGCAGAUCCUCGACGGAUUUGAUGCUGACAAGCCCACAGACACGAUGUUAGGAAGCUUGGAAUGUAAAUUGACUGCUUCCAUGGAUUCCGUACUCCAAAUGGUUUGGCCUCGUUCGGGAGAUGUAGAUCCAAAUGACAAAAUAAAGUUGGAAUUACAUACAAGGAAUGCGGCAAAGACUAUUAUUGCUGAAAAUGGUCUUGUGAACAUUCGUGGUUCGGACUUCAGGGCAAUGAGAAACACAGUCCUUAUCGCACAUGGCUUCAGGGAAGACUCUAGCACUGAGUGGAUACCUCCACUCAUUGAUUCUUAUUUAAAAUACAAAGAUGUCAAUGUCAUUGUUGUGAACUGGAGUGUGUUCACAUUAACUGCAGACUACUAUGCAUCUACUGAUGGCGUCGCAAAAUGUGCCCAACAAGUGGUCGAAUUACUCUCGGAAAUCGCCCACGACUUUAAAAAUAUAACUUCAUUUGGGCCACUUCACUUAAUUGGAUUCAGCCUGGGUGCGCAAGUUAUGGGAAAUAUCGCAAAGAGACUCAACAAAUAUGAGAACGCGUGGAAUAUUGAACGAAUAACAGGAUUGGAUCCAGCCGAUCCGUGUUUCCAAGAUUCCUCCACUAGAUUGAAUGCGAGCGAUGCACCAUUUGUUGAUAUCAUCCAUACAAAUGGGGAUCAACGAUUUGACGUGGUAUUCGGUACUUCAAUUCCCAUAGGUCAUCUCGAUUUUUAUGUCAACGGUGGAGAGAUACAACCGGAUUGCCCUAAUGACAUCUCUUGGUAUGAUCGACUAAUAGAUCAAGAAUCUGGUGUUUUCACAGCUGCUUGUAGUCAUACAAAAGCACCACGUUAUUUUAUCCAAUCUUUGGAGUUGGUGAAUGCAGGCGAAGGGCCACCGUUGAAAGGAAUCAAAUGGGAGCGUAAUGAUUUGCCGUCGGCAUUAGAUUUUCUCUAUACGAAUAGUUGUAGACGGCACUGUCUAACCAUGGGCAUCCUUGCGGCUAUUGAAAAUGAGGACUCGGGGGGUGUUUAUUUUGUUCCGGCAGCUGGUCAAAAGCCGUAUAAUGUAAUUCAAGCUUCUGACCAGGAGAAAAUUAAGAAGAUACUAACGGAAUCUCCCUGAUGGUACUGAACUCAGCAUUUCGUGCUCUCUCGUGUUUCGUGUUUCAAUUGCGGAGAAAAAUGAUGUAUUGGCGACACAUUGAUUAUUUUUGUAAUCAAAAACUAUUAUGCCUAUGUUAUAAGAUCAAUUGGUAUGAGUCUACGAGAAUUUUUCUAAAUUGAUAUUAAAGAUUAUGACCUAUAAGGAUUUGUAAAAUCUGUGGCUUGGGGGAUGGGAAGUAUGUGUUAUCCUAAACUAUCCCGCGGUCUUCAUAAACUGCCUCAGCGUCACCCUGAGUCUGUUGGUUCUGCAAGUCAGCUGUAUACAGGGUGUCCCAGAAUUGAACGUCCAGACUUUAAACUUAAGUUGGGGGUGAAAUUCUGGAUCAAAAAGUCCUGAGCGACUUUUUGAUCAGACGCACCCUCUUCAACUUAUUCAGGGUUAAAGUUGGACGAAUCAGAGGCGUGGAAUACCCGGUCGCACGACGGUGAGGAAAACGUUCGAGUGUGGUGGUGUCCCCACCAUACGGUACUACUCCCCUGCGGCGGCAGAAAGAGAUGACUGACGGCGGCGGGUAAGAGGAAGGGGAGAGAAAUGAAAAAAAUGAACACCCAAAAAAAAAAAUCAUCAGCGAUUGAUCAUUUUUUUUCUCCUUCGUUGAAAGAAAAAAUAAAAAUCUCAUACAGGGCCAAUGGGGCUUUAGAAGAUUAAAUCGCCGGGUUUUUUUUCCAGCGCUGGAAUUUUCAACGCUGUUUUUUCUCCUUUUCGAUUAGAUUAAGAGAUGUAAUGGGCCUCAAUCGAUGGGGAAUUUAUUCCUCCAUCAAAUGCCCUUGGUUUCAUCCCUUGGCAUUAAUUAGGGGAGGAGUAAAUAAUUUUUAUGUAGCGGGCGGGUGUUCAUUUUUUUCAACCGCCCCCCCUCUUACCCACCGCCGCCAGUCAUCUCUUUCUGCAGCCGUAGGGAAGUAGUACGGUAUGGUGGGGACACCAUCACACUCGCAUCUUUUCCUCACCGUCGUGCGAGCGGUUAUCCCACGCCCCUGAUUCGUCCAACUUCAACCUUGAAUAAGUUGAAGAGCGUGCGUCUGAUCAACAAGUCGCUCAGGACUUUUCGGUCCAGAAUUACACCCCCAACUUAAGUUCAAAGUCUGGACGUUCAAUUGUGGGACACCCUGUAUAGGGUAUACCAUUUAGAAUAAUUCAUCAUGAUCCUGGAAACAAAAUUUAUUCAUUGAAAGAUUUAAUGGAAAAAUCAUUCUCUUGAUUGUUCAAUCGUGACUGCAACACAUGUUUUUGACGAACAUACGACGUUUUCAUUUUGAUCAACUGCAGAAGGGGACUAUAUUAUAAUUUGUAUGAGUUAACAAUUAUUCUUCUUAUGUACUACUGUAACUCAGAGAAUAUGUCUGUAAGCUUUCUACUUAUGAUCACUGAUAACUGUUAAAGUGGAAAUCAAAUUCUAAUCGCCAUUCACUUAUAUAUAUUGAGACAAGGGCUUUUGUUAUUUCAAUAAUUUAUAGUUUAUCCAUCAUUCCGAACAACCUUUCUAAAGACCCUCACCUGACGCGGCCUGGGUCAAGGGCUGUCAGGGCUCCAGAUAUUUUCCUUAAGGAACGUUAAAUAAUCAAAUUGACAAUAAUAAAUUGCGCGCCAGUUGGUUUAACGGGAACCAACAACGUUUCCCGGCAAUCUCCGGGUGUGAGAGUUGGAAGACCCAGUAGAAAUUAAAGAGAGAGAGGGCGAAAGGAGAAAUAAAGCAGAAAUACUAUACAAAUCAAAA